GUGAAAUUGAAAUUGAAACCCUAGUUUGUGGAAUUUGGGGGGGAUUGGAUGGCGAGCAGUGGCUGGAAGAGGGCGUUGGGGAAUGCGAGGUCGUUCGUGGGGAACGCGAUGGGUGGGCUGAGGGGAACGGCGAAUUUGGCGUCUUGGGCAGUGGCUGGGACUCUGGCUUACUUUCUCUGGGUCAAGCCUGCGCAAGAGCUCAAGCGGGAGCAAGAGGCGAAGGCGGCACUGGCUGCUGCUUCUGAUCCUUACCGAUACAUUGAGAAAAGGAAGCCCAUUCCCGAUCCUCAGGAGAAUGCAGCGGAUCAUGAGUUGAAACACUAGCUCGUGGGUCUCGGCCGUCCAUGACCUGAUAAUUUUGACCAAGUCCCGAUGCUUUGCAUCCACGUGUCCGACAGCGCAACCGGCCCUUUGACUCGUUGACCGCACGUGAUCUGUUUGCUUGCCUCCAUGCUUUAAACCCUAACCAUGUCUCAGUGUUUCCCUUUAUUUCCAUUUUUUUCAUAUAUAUAUAUAUAUAUAUAUUUCCAAAUGCAAUAAGCAACAAGCUUAGAGACUGUUGGGAACGUCUGCACCGUUGGAAAUUGAUCAUUCACUUGAUGAUACAAGACUUUUGGCACUAUUUUAUU